GUUUUGUUGGGGCACGGCUCACAAACCCCUCUCAUCCCGUGUCCAUCUCUUCUGGAAUUUUUGUCUCUAUCUCUUCGCCGCCUCAUCGCAAACCAUGCCUCGCCGAAGCUCCGGAGGAAGACCUGCUCGAUCUUCUCGUCCUGCACCAGUGCGGAAUCCCCCUCAGCCUGUUCAUCAUGCUCCUCCUCCAGCUCCUGCGCAGUCUGGCAGCGGUGGAUCCAUUCUAGGAGGCAUUGGUUCAACAAUAGCUCAGGGCAUGGCUUUUGGCACUGGAAGUGCAGUUGCCCACAGGGCUGUGGAUGCUGUGAUGGGUCCUCGCACUAUUCAACAUGAAACUGCGGUCUCUGAGGCUACUGGUGCCCCAGCUCCUACCACAAACAGUCUUGGUGGUUCUGAUGCAUGCGGUGUUCACUCCAAGGCAUUCCAAGAUUGCUUGAACAACUAUGGCAGUGACCUCAGCAAGUGUCAGUUCUACAUGGAUAUGCUGGCCGAGUGCAGGAGGAACAAUGGUUCUAUGUUGAAUGCCUAAACACUUCCCCCUUUUGCCAUGCAAUGGAAACUUUGCACCUAUUAUCCUAAUUUUAAGUUGGUGAUGAUAAUGGUAUGGAACUCCAUUUCUGGUUAAAGAUUUCUGAGGGUGAUACAGACAAUGGUUCUGUAAGCAUUUCACCUCUUAUUUGUUAUUGGAACUGGGAACUUUUUCAACAAUCCUGAUUGAUUUGUGACUGCUCUUAUAGUAUUGUUGGUCUCUUUGGAUAUAAUGGUGAAAACUUGUAGACUUUCAUGCAAAUAAAUGAUCUUGUUGAGAGCUACUUAUAAGAUGGCGUUUUGAGCACUUUAUUCCCUAUCA